GUCCCUACCACUACCAAACCUUGAUUAUUGAUCUCCUUUUCCCCUCUCUUCACCCUCCUCAGGCCACCGUCCACCGCCCUCCUUUAAAUAGCGACUACAAUUAGUUGCAAGUCAGAUUCAGCAAAGCAAGCAGCGAUGGCGGAAACGAAGGCGUCGCUCUUUUCCCCUUGCAAGAUGGGCCAGCACAGUCUCUCCCACAGAGUGGUUUUGGCGCCGAUGACUCGAUGCAGGGCGUUGGGCGCGAUGCCGAAUUCGGCGCUGGGCGAGUACUACGAGCAGAGAGCGACGGAAGGCGGAUUUCUGAUCACGGAGGGCACCAUGAUCUCCCCCUAUUCCGCAGGGUUCCCUCACGUGCCGGGAAUCUUCAACAAGGAGCAAGUGGAGGCGUGGAAGCCCGUGGUGCACAAGGUUCAUGCUAAGGGCGCAGUUAUCUUCUGCCAGCUCUGGCAUGUCGGCCGAGCUUCUCAUCCAGAACUACAGCCUGGUGGUAUUGCACCAAUCUCUUCAACGGACAAACCAAUAUCCAAGAGGUGGAGAGUGCUACUUCCAAACGGAAAGUACGAGAUUUAUCCCACCCCCCGCAAAUUGGACACUCACGAGUUGCCUCAGAUUGUACACGAAUAUCGACAGUCUGCGAUAAACGCAAUUGAAGCAGGAUUUGAUGGCAUUGAGAUCCACGGAGCUCACGGUUACCUCCUCGACCAAUUUAUGAAGGAUGGGAUCAACGAGCGCACAGAUGAGUACGGUGGAUCUCUCCAAAACCGCUGCAAACUUAUAAUCCAGGUUGUUCAAGCUGUUGUUUCUGCUAUCGGUGCUGAUCGGGUAGGCGUCAGAAUAUCACCUGCAAUCGAUCAUCUUGAUGCUAUGGACUCCAAUCCACGCACCCUUGGACUAGCUGUCAUUGACAGACUCAAUAAACUGCAGUCAGACUGCGGUUCCAAGCUUGCCUAUUUACACAUCACUCAGCCGCGAUACACAGCCUACGGUCAGACAGAGUCGGGCAGGCCAGGCAGCGAAGAUGAGGAGGCACAGCUCUUGAGAACCUGGCGGAAUGCGUAUCAAGGAACGUUCAUCUGUAGUGGCGGCUUCACCAGGGACCUAGGGAUCCAAGCCGUGGCGGAGGGGGAUGCUGACUUGGUGGCCUACGGACGCCUCUUCAUUUCAAACCCGGAUUUGGUUGAGAGACUGAAGGUUAAUGCGCCUUUGAACAAAUACGUCAGGACUACCUUCUAUACCCACGAUCCCGUUGUAGGAUAUACCGACUAUCCUUUCCUGCAAUCAACCAUAUCGCGGCUUUGAAGUAAUGUCACUACUCUUGGAGCCUGGAGAAUCUGUAUCAGUUGAGUAGAGGAGAAUGUGUGUAAUUCACUCUACUUAAACUCAACUAUUUGUGUGUGUUUGUGUGUUUGUGUUAGAGGAGAAUAUGUGUAAUACUGUAUAUUUCAAGUGAACAAUUUAUGCUUUCUAUAUAAGAGAACAUCUGUGUGUGUUUGUGUCAUGUUAA